AUGAAGCUCAUCAUUCGAAGUUCCUACUGGGGAAACAUUCUGAAGGGCAAACCUCGUGUUGACGCCGCUAAUCCAGCACGAUCGUUUCGCACGAUCUCUUCACAAGCUGUACUCACGAUUGAGGGCAAAUACUGGGGAUGUUGCCAAGGUCAAGGAAAGCGAGUGCUUGAAAUGACAGAACAACACUUCAUGGACACCUUUGCGGGGGAUUGGGAUCUGUAUCUCGUUGGGAGUACAUCCAACGAGUCGGAAGCAAUUCAUACUUUUUUUCUUCUUCCACAGAACCAAAAUUCUGUGGAUGUUCGCCAUCAUCUAUGCUACAACGCUUGGCAGUAUUAUGGGACGAUCUCCGCAAUGUCCAUGCGACAACAACUCAAUGAAAUCUUGGCAGACACCUUUGCUCCCAACGAAACCAUUGGAUUUCGCUACCAUCACGUUCACAUUGAAAUCCUAAUGUCUCAGGUGACGGACUAUGCUGCUCGAGCCAAGAAGGCCAAUAGUAGUGGCAAGACUUCACCAGUCUCCGAAAAUCUGGAUGCCAACGAAACCCCAAAAUCUCAAACACCCAUCCCAGGGGUUUCCAAAUCCGCCAGCCACGAUGCCUCCGCGACUGAGGCCACAUCCAGUCCUUCGACCUGCACCUCUUACCACGAGGUCCAUCACGAGGUUCCACAAUUUGUACCUUCGGGGUCCUUUGAUCCAGAAAUGAUUUGCUACCCCCAUCCCAUGCCCUAUCCUGUCAUUCACACCAUGCCCGCUACCAUGUAUCAUCAUCAUCAUCACAACUAUGCUGUGCCCGCCUACAUGCCAAUGCACAUGGGAAUCGUUCCGCCCAAUGCUGGACUAGCCCCACCCUCUGCUGGACUUGCGCCCUACAACAUGUACCAUCCAGUCAAUCAAAUGGCCCAUGCUACAAAUAUGCCGGCUGCACCACCACAAGAACCUUCCAAAGAAUCGACCAAAAAUACAGCAUCAUCUCCAACCUGA